CUUCGUGUUGCCAAAAACAGGAAGGGGAAUACUACCGGAAGUAAGCAGUGUAACAAAACAAAAAGAAGUCGCCCAUUAGUUCGGUGGGUAACUCUUUCCAACAACAAAAGUAUAUUUUCGAGUAGAAGUUGUCAAUAUGGGCACUACGGCAAGUCAACUUGGGAAGGAUGUGCUCUCGGAAUAUCAAGAGCUGACAUUCUUGACAAAACAAGAAAUUCUUCUUGCCCACAAGAGAUUCGCUGAACUGCUCACAAAAGAUGAGAAAGAUCUUCCAAAUAUCAGAGUACCGGUGCAGAGGAUUCUCACUCUGCCAGAGCUUAAGUCCAACCCUUUCAGGAGAAGAAUCUGCUAUGUUUUCUCAACAUCUGAACACAAAGAUGGAAGCCUCACAUUUGAGGACUUUCUGGAUCUCUUGAGUGCCUUCAGCGACUCUGCUACUCUGGAAAUCAAAUCCCACUAUGCAUUCCGUAUAUUUGACUUUGAUGAUGAUGGAACUCUUGAUGGUGGCGAUCUGGAGCAGCUUGUCAACUGCCUGACUGGCGAGACAGAUGACACGAGAUUAACACCUGAGGAAAUGAGACAGCUCAUCAGCAAUAUUCUUGAAGAGUCCGACAUUGACAAGGAUGGUACCGUGAACCUCUCAGAGUUUCAGCAUGUCAUUUCAAGGUCACCAGAUUUUGUCAGUUCUUUCAAGAUUGUGCUGUGAAGACCUCUAGUGGGCUGUGGAAAUACAACACCUUUUAACUCUCAAUGGUGUUUAAUUUACAAUUAGAACAAUUUUAGAGUUUUGCCUUAAAUUAUAUAUACCUGUGAAUUUUAUUGCCUUAACUAUUUCAUACAUCCUUUCUGAAAUAUUAAACCUGUGAUUUUUUUAUUUCUAUAAAGAAUUAUUAUUUUUUUUCAAAAGUGAUCAUUUAAAAAGUUGUUUGUUAUAACAAAGACAAAUAAGAACGUGUAUAUUACAAAAAUAAAUCCAAAGUCUUUUUUUGUGAUAAUUUACACUUCCUGGUA